AUAUGCUUGCAGUCGAAUCAAGUAUUAUUUUGGACUCCUAUAAACUUACUUGAUUACGCCCCGUACAUAUCUACAGUACUAGAAAAUCGGAGGAGUAGAAUCCAAGGAAUAAUUUGUAAAAUAAAUAUAACCUGAAGUCUAUUCUAUACUUCAUAGAUUCAAAUAAAUCACAUAAAAAUGUCGCAACUGGACCUGGACCCUCAGUUUACGCAAGGCUUACAUCUCUUACAUUCGACUAAUAAGAAUUCUGCGGAACAAUUACGUGCGCUUUUAGACGAAGCGAUCAAGCAAAAAUAUGGACCAUCAAAGAUGUUGUCGAAUGUGUUACAUAAAAAGUAUAUGAUGGAGGAACCAGUACUGAGCGAUCAUAGCAGUGGUAGCAGCAGCAAGAAAAGCAAGAGCUCUUCUUCGUCUUCUUCCAAACAUUCAAGCAAGUCCAGCAAGAACAGCUCACCUGUGAACUUACCUACGAGAGACACACCGCCCGAUAUUAUUCAAACUGAUAAUACGUUAGCGUUUGAAAUAUUAGAGGAUGAUCUGGCGUGUGUUAUUUGUAAAGGGAUGGACGUGGGAGCCAGGAACAGGCUUGUCGAGUGUUCAGGAUGCCAUUCCUUGUAUCAUCAGGAAUGUCAUAUCCCACUCAUUGAAGAUUCGCAGAUCGAUGUUCCAGGACUAGCCUGGUAUUGUUCCAAUUGCUCAAAAUCUCAGGUCCCAAAAGAAAGGAGCUCACCAAAGACAGUGAUAGAAAGCAAACCAAAAGAACAGAAAAAAUCGAAUUCAAGUAGUGCGAACAAAGUAACACCGAAUAUACACAUUAUAAGCGCAGACAGAAGAUUGAAAGAUAUGAUGAAGAAAACAAAGCAGGAUAAACGAAGCACAAGUACUGCUCAGAGCUCAAAGAAUUCCUCGUCCAAUUCGCCGGCACUGUCCUCAACGAAAUCUCAGGAAAAAUCGUUAUUGUACAAAGUCAAGUCGGGCGUAGAAUGAACUCUCGCUUGCACGAAUAGCGUGACGAUAUUUUAAGAUGGAUGAAAGACUUUAAAAGAAAUUUUAUAAUGCCGGCGUUCUGCCGACAAUUAGCGAAUGCAAUAAGAUGAAAUAUUGAUAACUCCUUAUAGGAAACUGAACAAGUUUUGCCAAAGAUAGUAUAAAUGAACUUCAAGCAAAUUAGAUUAAUAUUAAUUUUACACGGCACGAAAUUUCCCGAAUUUGUGCUGCACCUAAGAUUUUUACUUUUUAUAUUGUCGUAUACUUUCAUCGCUUGGUGAGGCAGUUUUUUUAAUGUAAUUUGAUAAAGGUGAUUUUUUGUACAAGUGUACGUUAAGUUGAAUAAAAUAAAACGAAUCUAAUUUUAUGAAACGAAAA